AUGGGAAAAAUUCUACUAUGUUGUGAUGGCGCUUCUCAAGGAAAUCCAGGUGCAUCUGGAUAUGGAAUCAUUGCCAGAAACAAUGAGGGUGAAUGCAUAGUAGCAAUUGAAGGAGGAUUGGGGAUAACCACUAACUAUUAUGCUGAGGUCCUUGCUAUCAUAUGUGCAGGUGAAUGGGUUGUUCACAGAAGAUAUACUCAUCUGAUUUUUAGAUCAGAUUCAAAGACAGUAAUUGAAGCUUUCAAAGCUAAAAGGAUCCCUUGGUUUUCUAUAAACAGAUGGAGUAAAAUUUGUGAAAGUGUGGAAGAUCUGGAACUCUGUCACAGUUACAGAGAGAUUAAUUUCUCUGCUGACACUCUUGCUAAGAGAGGAUCAAGACUAGGAAAGGGGUAUCAAGAUAUUUACAAUUCCAGACCUGCUUUUCUAUCCCAAAUAGAAAAUGAGAAUCAAGUUUACUAUAGGUUCAGUUAA